AUGAUUAGGAGAGGAAACAGUACAGAGAUCACCCACUUCAUCCUCUUGGGGUUCUCCGAUUUUCCCAGAAUCAAAGCACUGCUCUUUGCUGUGUUCCUGGUGAUCUACGUUACAACUCUGACUUGGAACCUGAGCCUCAUCAUCUUAAUAAGGAUGGAUUCCCACCUCCACACACCCAUGUACUUCUUCCUCAGCAACCUGUCCUUCCUAGACAUCUGCUAUGUGACCUCCACAGCCCCCAAGAUGCUCUCUGACUUCUUCCAAGAACAGCAUAUUAUCACCCUAGUGGGUUGUGCUGUUCAGUACUUCUUCUUUUCAGCCAUGGGACUGACCGAGACUUGUCUCAUGACUGCCAUGGCUUAUGACCGCUAUGCUGCCAUUUGUAAUCCACUUCUCUAUUCAUCAUUUAUGUCACCCACCCUCUGUGUUGGGAUGGUGCUGGGAUCCUAUAUGGCUGGCCUCUCUGCUUCCCUAUCCCAGUUGUGUGCCAUUCUUCAACUCCACUUCUGUGGGCCUAAUGUCAUCCACCACUUCUUCUGUGACAUGCCCCAGUUGUUAGUCUUGUCCUGCACUGACACUUUCUUUGUUCGACUCUUGGCUGCUGUAUUAAUAAUAUUCUAUGGGAUAAUGAAUGUCAUGGUUGUCAUAGUAUCAUAUUGCUAUAUCAUCAUCUCCAUCAUGAAGAUCACUACAGCUAAAGGCAGGUCCAAGGCUUUCAACACCUGUGCUUCUCACCUGACAGCAGUUUCCCUCUUCUAUACAUCAAGUCUGUUUGUCUAUUUGAAUUCCAGCUCCGGUGGUUCUUCCAACUUUGACAGAUUUGCAUCUGUCUUCUACACAGUGAUGAUUCCCAUGUUGAACCCAUUGAUUUAUAGUCUGAGGAACAAGGAAAUCAAAGAUGCCUUGAAGAGGUUGCAGAAGAAGGGAGGGUAUUGCUAA